GGAUUCUAUUGGUUUAGCUGCUGUAUUCUCGAAUGCGAUUGGUGUGUCGUGUUCGAGGCGGGUAGAACCUUCCAGAGCAAGGCGUAGCAGGAACCGAUGUUUGGGAUUUCUGACUAUUACAAAGCAAAGCUUUAUACACCGUUUCUCCCCGUUACUUCACCAGUGUUGUCAUGGGUUCUUAAGGUGUAAGGUAAACGCAUUGACAAGCCGAAGGAUUCCUCCAACAUUUGUUAAUACUAACGAAGAAAGAACACACAUUUUUUCUUCACCAUCAACUGAGUCUAAACAGAGUCCAGGAUGGACAGCGGAAUAACAGUAGUCACCAACCCCACUGUGCACGUGAGGAUAACUAGCACCCUCUCCUCCUUUGAGGUGCAGCGUACCUUCAACAGAGGGAUUACUGUUGCAGAACUGAAGGGGAAACUGGAGCUUAUUGUGGGUGUACCUUUGUCCUUCAUGGAUCUGGAGAUUUUCGGUGCUGCUGACAAGUUUUUACAGAAAAUGGAUGACAAUGAAGCAUUACUUGGUUCAUAUCCUGUGGAUGAUGACUGCAGAAUACAUGUUCUUGAUAGAAGUGGAGGUCAGGUGGGUGAGCUCUUUGAUGUCUCUAAAGUGGAGAAGUUUGAACUCACUGACGACGCUUACGAGAAAAGGACAGAAUCAGCACGGUCAUUUAUGAAGGAAAAGCGAGUCGGUCGCUUCAAUGAGGAAGAACAGGCCAAGAAGAAAGCGGAGUCCGCUGCUCGGGAAGCAGAGCAAAAGGCUGCUGCUGACGCCAUUUCUGUUGGCAGCCGCUGCAAAGUGGAGGUCCCCGGCCAGCCCACUAAAGUCGGCAUGGUCAUGUAUGUUGGUACAACUGAUUUCAAACCAGGUUACUGGGUCGGUGUGAGGUAUGACGAGCCCUUGGGAAAGCACAAUGGAACUGUAAGUGGGAAGCAGUACUUUGAAUGUGAGAACAAAUACGGUGCGUUUGUGAAGCCACUAAGUGUGAAGGUGGGAGACUUCCCUGAGGAGGAUUACGGUUUAGAUGAGAUUUAGGACAUUUUCAAUGUAUUGUUGCUUUUUCUUUGUCUCUGCGUUUGGCUCAAAGUUUAAGUGCCAAGCUCAAAGUGUUACCGGCUCAGCUGCUGAGGGGAUGGAUAAUAAUUUUACUGUGACAAAGAUUUUUUUUUUGUGCUUCUGUAGCGGGCAUGAUCCAAAGGCCCUUUAGCUUCAAGUUCUCUACAGACUUCAGACUGAUUGUAACACAAUAAUCACAGAAGGGGAGCUCAGACUAACAAAACUCAACAAAUAUUUAUUUUUUCUCUUUUUAAUAGGAUUAAUAUUCUGUUCGGUUCUGUUAUUCUAUAAUAAACCUAAUUCACUAUUUGUCUUUCAUAAUGUAAUUCCAGUUACCCUCAGUGUGUUUAAAUGUGUUUAUAACUCACUUUAGUCUCAGCAUAUUUAUGUUUUGUUGACUGUAGAAUUUUAUCCAACUGUCUGUUGAGGGAAAUUCACCCUUGCAGACUUUGCUACCGAAAUAAAAAUUGGCAUUGCAGCGUAUUCUUACUACCUACGUCCCUCCAAAGAAGUUCAAUAAAACGCCUAGUCGUAUCAUUUCCAGUAAUGACUAACUAAGCUGUUGUAAUCAGUGUCUGACUUAGCAAACUUAUCUUUCUCAUGAUGCUGUCUGUUUACAUAUCGAUUUUAUUGACACAAAACCUUAAAUAUGUGCCCAAGAGUAGAUAGUUCUACUCCUAAAAUUAAUUUGUUGUGUGUUGGAAAUCACUUUCAACUUUCUCACUUUCUUUGUAAAUGUGAUAUGAUUUUCUAUUACUUUUCUCCUUUUGUCUGAAAAUGCCGUUGUCUGAGCUUGAACGUGUCUUUGAUUUGUACUGAAAUUGAUCUUUGGAUAUAAUUAAAUGUAAUCUCCAUGCUUUUAAUCCAUGAUUUAAAUCGUCUUGUGUGCACGUUGAUAUGAAAUAGCAAAAAUCUGUCACUUUUCAAUGUAUAUUCCACUGACUAUCUCUUGAUUCUAUACAAUCUUCAGGAUACCUGGAAAUGAAACUAAAGUCAACUCUUUAUAUUUAAUUUGUGUUAAAUAUCUCCUUUCUUUUGUGACAUGGGAUUUGGGGGAGAUGUGAAAUAUGAACUGAUUGGUUUAGUUUUCCAUUUUGAGUACAACUCUUAAAAAAACAAGUAAAUCUACUAGAUAACAGCAACUCUGAUUUGAGCAUCCUUACUGCUCACUGCCACGAUAACCUGGCAUAACUACAUCACUCAGCUCUGGAAUUUGUGCAUUUAAAAAAAAUGUUAUGCCUUGUUUAUUUUUGUGAAGGAAAUCAAGAAAGUCUUUUGUUCGUUUUAGUCCUUUGAAAUGCACAGAGGAAAUAUUCACUGCAUUAUUGUCUUCAGAACGAAAUGUCUAUAAACUCCUUGAUGAUCUCUGAGUUGCUGGCGUUACAAUGUGCCAAAAAGUAAUGCAUAAUAAUAAAAACUAUUUGAACACAG